GUCCCCGUUGCUGUCCUCAACCUCAAGGCAACAGGUGUUUCUUUUUGUAUGCAUGUGCUAAUUUAUGGCUGUGUCUGCUCCUCCUCACUUCCCUUUGAAAAGCUCAUCAGUAGCUGAAAGCCAGUGCAAAAAGGAUCAUCAUAAGAAGAGAGGACGCCGUCUGAUGCCCAUUCCGUGCGCGUACAGCUGGAGGUGCAUCCUGCCCAAAGGAAGCUUCCCGGACGCAUUCGGCUGAUGUCUUUUUAGAGCCUCCACCCAUCUCCUGCUGAGAUCACUCUUCCUGGUGGGCGGUGCAGAGGGAGGACUACAUGUUGCUGCGCAGCAACAGACAGAGAGAGAAAUAGAGAGGGAGAGCAAGGGAGAGAGAGGGAGAGGGGGAGGAAUUCCCUCGCACAUCAAGAAGCGGCUGCCAGGGCGUUGAUGUGUUCCUGUGGCUCCCCACAAUCCUCCUUUGUAAAUGUAGCCGGUACCUGUGGCUGAAGGAGGUGCCUGGUCGGCGGAUGCAGGAUGUAAGGACUACCGGCUGUUACACGGGCCACAACUUGUCCGUGAAGUGUAGAAUGCGAUCACCGGAUUCGGAGUCUUCUCGUGGGGGGGUUCGGUGAGCGGGCAGCACUUAGCAUGACGGGUCAGGCCCUGGGUGAGCCGCUCUGCGGGACAUGUGCGGACGAUAACGCCGCGAUCCACAUCAACGUGGGCGGCUUCAAGAAGCGCCUCCUGUCCGACACCCUCUCCCGGUUCCCCGAGACGAGGCUUGCACGCCUGCUCCACUGCCAGUCCAAAGAGUCAAUCCUGGAGCUAUGCGACGAUUACGACGACACGGAGAAGGAAUUCUACUUCGACAGGAACCCGGCGCUCUUCCCCUACGUGUUGAAUUUCUACAACACGGGGCGGCUGCACGUCAUGGCCGAGCUGUGCAUUUUCUCCUUCAGCCAGGAGAUCGAGUACUGGGGCAUCAACGAGUUCUUCAUCGACUCGUGCUGCAGCAGUGCUUACCACUGCCGAAAAAUGGACCAGGACCAGGAGGACUGGGACGAUAGGAGUGAUGAAGGGAGCACCACGUCGUCUUUUGACGAGCUGUUGGAGUUUUACAGCGACGCCACUAAGUUUGACAAGCAGCCGCUUGGGAGCGCGCGGAGGCGCGUGUGGUUGAUGCUGGACAACCCCGGAUACUCUGUGGCCAGCCGCAUCAUUAGCAUCCUCUCCAUCCUUGUGGUGCUCGGCUCCAUCGCCACCAUGUGCCUGAACAGCAUGAGCGAGUUCAGCCUGGUGGACGACGAAGGGCUGCCCGCGGAGGACCCCAGGUUCGAGACCGUGGAGCACUUCGGCAUCGGCUGGUUCACUCUCGAGCUGGUCGCCCGGUUCACGGUGGCGCCGGACCUGCCGCAUUUCUUUGAGCACCCGUUGAACCUGAUCGACCUGGUGUCCAUCCUCCCGUUCUACCUGACGCUCCUCAUCAACCUGGUGGUGGAGAGCAGCCCGGCGCUGGCCAAUCUGGGACGCGUCGCGCAAGUGCUGAGGCUGAUGAGGAUUUUCCGCAUCCUGAAGCUGGCGCGUCACUCCACCGGACUGCGCUCGCUGGGGGCCACCCUCAGGAACAGUUAUAAAGAGGUGGGCCUGUUGCUCCUCUACCUGGCCGUCGGGGUGUCAUUUUUCUCCGUCAUGGCCUACACGGUGGAGAAAGAGGACAGCGACGAUCUCUCCACCAUCCCGGCGUGCUGGUGGUGGGCCACGGUCAGCAUGACCACCGUUGGGUACGGGGACGUGGUACCAGUGUCCAUAGCGGGCAAGCUUACCGCCUCGGCGUGCAUCUUGGCCGGGAUCCUUGUUGUCGUGCUUCCGAUCACGCUCAUUUUCAACAAAUUCUCUCUCUUCUACAAGAGACAGAAACAGCUGGAGGCUGCGAUGAGGAGCUGCGACUUCGACGAGGGGAUCAAGGAGGUGCCCCCGGUCAACCUGAGGAACUAUUAUGCGCACAAAGUCAAAUCCCUCAUGGCGAGCUUGUCUAACAUGAGCCGGAGCUCACCAAGCGAGCACAGCCUGAACGAAUCAAUACACUGAGACAGAGUUUAAUCAAGGAAAUGCGGAGGGGGCGGGAAGUCAGGUUGGGUGACGCCUCUCAUUCAAUGUGGUCCCGCACGGGUAGCUAUCCAGGGUCCUGAAAGCUCAGAAAACACUCCUUCCUUACACUGAUGUCUCACCGUUUGCCUCCUUGUAGCUCAGUGCAAUAAUGUGUUAUUCUAUGUGGCAGUUCCAAGGAGAAAGCAGGAAAAUGUACAGAGAAGUCUGAGAUGAUACAUAAAUAUAUGAUAUUUCACUGUGCUUUAUGACGGUCAAACUACACACCAAAACGUGGGCACUUAAGAUGAAAAAAGAGAAUGCUGCCGUUAUGUGCAGUUGUCGAGGGUGUCACACUGUGUAGUCCAUCCUCCAGCUGUACACGUUGUGGUGUCAGACAGUAACUGCAGCUUUCGCUCUCAACAUAAUUGUUGAUGUGUAAUUGUUGUCUUGCAACAGGUUAAAUUUCAGAGGUGAAAAGCAAACUGUAUUAAACAAAAAACGCAACAUUUCUAGCGUCUACUGAUUGAGAUUAAAUUGUGAACCCAGAGGGGUUUUAUGUUUUGUGACUGACAGAGGAUUUGGAACAGUGUGACUCUGACAUGUUGGAUACACAGGUAUUCAGUGACAGGGUAUAUUGGGAGCAUGUUUGGCAUAUAGGCCAGACAAAACACUUUCCGUAGGGCUGGUAUUUAACAAUGGAUUGAUACAUAUGUUAUUGUCCCCGUGGGUACAUUUGUCACGUCCACACAUUAACAAUAAAGCGUGCAUAGAAAUACACCCCGUGAGGCAUCUGCUUAUUAUAGAAUUCUGACUGAUACAAGCACAAAGGAGGUCUGGAACGAUUCCGUUUGCAGCGCUGAGCUCUGUAUCAUCCGCCAAGCACUAGCAGCUUAUUCUACUACAGAAUUUGGGUUAAAAUGGAGCCAAAUAAAUGUGAUCAUAAGAUUGUGUUGGUUUAGAGAGGAAGAUAUUCUAUGAACUACAAACAUGCUUCUUGGUUCCUAGAGAACAAUCCCAGUCAAUUUGAAUAUUUCACUUUAAAACGUUAUCAAUGUGGCCACCAAGACCCUUUAGCAGUUGUUUUAACAUGUGAAACGGAUAAUGAGCAAGGGACUCAUGUCAAACCAAGCAUUGCUUACGUUUCUGAAUUCUAUUGUACAAAGCACUUACUUAACUAAGCUGUAAGGCCUGCCCUCAUUGCCCUCUGAGAACGCAGCGGAAAGAUAUGACCUUUUCUCUGAAGUCAUUUGUGUCCUUAUCUCAAGCCGGUAAACAGAAGAAUAUCUGCAUAUAUCUUCUAUUUAGAUCGAUUCUCAAGGUGUUUGCGUAAUAGCAAGAUUUCAUUUUCUUAUUUUGGAAAGGAGUCUCCCGGCUUGUUACUGGCAUGAACACGAAGGAGUCUCUUGGCGGCUUUUAUUACAGUUCAAUGUCAAAGGAGUCAUUUGGUACAAGCAGACAACAGCUCAAUAAAAUGAAUUAUUGUGUUAGCUGAUAUGUGUGCAAUGAUUUCAGUUAUUUAAGAAUAAUUUUUGCCAUUAGAGGGAUUUCUAUACGUCAGAUCCUUUAUUUAAAAAUCUCACCACUGUCCUUGUUUUAUUUGCACAGAUAAUUCAGACAUUUACGCACAUCUCAGGCACUUGAGCAAUCCAACCAAUCUGCUCCUGCAGUCCAAAGAUCAUUUUCAAUUCACUGUCUCCAGAUCUAUAUGAGAAGAAACAGCAAAACAUAUUUGCACUCGCAAACCAAUUAGUUUGAGCAUACAGACAGCAACCACCUGCGGUACUGAACUCCCAACAGACCCCCAGAGACCAAAACACUGAUAGUUUUCAUGUCAUUGCAUUGUCUUUUACCACACAAAAUGCAUCAUUACCUAUACAUCCUAAAUUAUUAAACACCAACAAACUGUUUGGUUAACUUAAAUAAAUAUCAUGAUGUUUUAUUCAUUUAUGGGAUGAUGGGAGAAUAACCGAGUGGAAUUGGGGGGAUUUUAAUGCGCAACAAGGUUGUGCUUGCUUGGAAAAUACUAAUGAGAUUCACAUUUUGCAGCUCUUUUUCAAGGUUUUUCUUGGGAGCUCAUUUGAACUGACAUUCACCCUCAGAGGCCAAUUAUAUCAGCCUCCUUUUGUUUACUCCUGCGCCUUUAAAGGCUUUCCCCCCCCAGGCACAAAUCCCACACCACGCGGCACCACGCUAUCAUGGAGGAAUCAGUAAAUGGGUUCAUGGUGACAGUGGAUGACAUUUACACAAAUCAACAGAGGCAGACCAAAAAAAAUUGUUGUUUCCAUCUCUGGAACACAAAAGUGAUUACAGGAUUUGGAAAAAUGUGGAGAUCUACUUAAGGAGUGUUGGAACAAGAGGAAAAGUAACGCUAUUGGUUAAUUUGACCAUCGUAGUCCAAGUCCAAAGGUCAGUGCGACUGUGUGUGGAGGGGUCACUGUGAUGUCAGGCCCUCUCCUCCGCUUCCACAUCAAAACUCACUAAAAUGUGGAGACAGAUGUGAGGAGGCCCAGGGCCUAUCUGGCACACAGCUGAGUGCAGAUGGCAGCCUAAGACAUCAGGGGAAGACAAAAAGUCUGCCGAUUUCCUUUAAACCGGUAACCAGCAAAUCUUAAAUCUAGCUUGUUGACAAUCCAAACAUUACGCUUGAAUUACUAACACCCCAAUAUCGCACGUAUAAUUCAAUAGUUUGAAAUGGUCUCCCGUGACAUCAUUAAAGCUUCAAGAGUUACCAUAUGUAAUCAACUAUGUACUUUAUGAAACAAUGUUCAAUGUAGAAAGUUUAAAGCACCUGGUUUUAUUUGUUUUCUUUUACAGCUGCUGUGAACAAAGACAAGAGAGGCCGAUAAUGAAAGGAUGCGUGUUAGCACGGAGCUGACAGUAAAUGGUGCGUGUGACAUACCAGUGUGUGAUGGGGAAUUUGUUGACACUGGCAACACGCAGGCGUUGUCUCCAGUCUACUCUCUAUCGGGGAUAUCUGUUACUAAGCAGGCGUUCUGUGUUGUUGCACAUUACCAUCUGCUACUAUCCCUUUGCUUUAAAACAGUGUGGGAAGAUUGGAGCUUUUCUGUGCGUGUGUGUUCUUUCUCCCCAAGCACACACACACAACACUUUCUGCCUCCGGCUUGAGUGUCUAAUCUUUGAAAACUCCAAAAAUAACGGCAUGGCUAAUUAUCACAUACAGAUCUGAUGCAAAUGCAGGUAAUGACAAACAAGGAUGACUAAUCACAUGCUGCUUCAUGCUACAGUUAAACAAGGAUGCCCUGAACAAACUUUGAUUUAGAUUUUUUUUUCAUUAUUUACCAUCCUCACAUCUUUAUUUGGAGUAAAUACUUUAGUAAUAGUUUUAUUCAGGGGGAGGAGAGUCUAGUCCUAACUUACCAACCUCAAAAUGAAAAGGAAUGUUCUGAUGAUAGAACAAAAGCUAUCUGGGAUUAUUAAAUAGAUUUAAUAGAGCUGGAUACAUUUCAUUAGAAGGAGACUGAUCCUUCUGCAGUGCAUUCGGCUUUGUAAAGCUCAGUGGUGCUUUAAGCAAAUGCUCUCAGGGUUGUAGUACUCAAGAUCUGUCUUGGUGUUGACUGGCCUGUAGACUGUAAUGGAAAAAAAUAAUGAUGCUAUGAUGUUUUAUAAGGUUAUAAUGUUUAUAAGGUGAACUGUCUAAAGAUAAUUGCUAAGUUUCAUAGUGAGAAAGUGCUAUCUGAAAAACUAUCUCAACAGAAGAGAAACAGAGACACCUCUGACACCACCUUUAUUCAUGCAUAAACACAGCUGUGUGCGUAAACACAGCUCAGCCAUUAACUGACAAGGGCUGAAGACUAAGUCUUAGUCCCCGACACCAGGAAUCGGGCCAGAGGUGCCUAUAAACGGCUCUUAAAUCUAAUCAGAAAUGUAUUGUGACCACAUUCUGAGGCUCCCCAGGCCCGAGGCCCCUCGAUGCCAGUAUUCUUAUCUCUGACCUUUUGUGUAAAGAUGGAUGUAAUACUCUGAACUAUGAAGAAGAAGAUUGCACUGCUGUCCAUGUGUAGCUGUUCCAAACUUUGAUCCCCAGGCAAGGAAAUAAAUGGAAAAAGACAACGUUUUGAUUGCUUU